AUGGGAAGAGCACUGACAGGGACCGUUAUUAUCACGGGUGGCAAUGGACAGUUAGGAUCAGAGAUCGCUGUGGCCAUUGCCAAAACACGACCUUUUGUACACCUCUUAUUGACAGCACGAGAUCCCAAAGCCGACGAUGUCCAUGCUCUCACCACACGAAUUCGCCUCAUCGGGCCACGAUCCAUCGAGGUACUUCCUCUCGAUCUAACUGAUCUUCGAGAAGUCACUAAAUUUGCCGGUCAAACGGUGGAUCGGGUACACAGGAGAGAGCUUCCUCCUAUUGUCGAUCUGAUUCACUCCGCCGCCAUUGCGUCCUACGUUGUUGAUGAGCUCACCUUGGACGGGUUUGAUCCAGUAUACCAGAUCAACUGCCUCGCUCCAUUUCUUCUGACCGUCGGUCUCCUUGAAGCUUUCCGGGCUGACGAUGGAACGGUGGACGGUGGAGCCAAAGUGAUGUACGUCGGAUGCUCCUCGGCGUCUUACGGCAGACUCGACUACUUCGACCACAAUCAAGGCCGAGACAGUCGUCCUCCUGGAACUCCGCUGAGCGCCAAGGAAGGCAAUAUUCGAUUCGGUAGCAGCAAGUUGAUCGCGAGUGUUGUCUUGUAUGCAUUACGUCGAAGCCUGGCCUGUACAGGAAAUAUCCCGCUGGACAUCUUCACCCUUGACCCAGGGGGCAUUGCGGGCGGGAGUCAUCUUCGAACUGGGGCGCCCCUGUCGGUCAGAGUCGCACAUCAAACACGAACCGGACUCCGGCCCUUCUUGCGCAUGGUUUCCCGUAGUUCGAUCAACAAGGCCAGUGUUCCAGCCAAGGUGAUCGCCAAGGUCGCAUUCCAACGGGACACGGUGGAGAAUAAUGAGAGGGAACGGUACUAUAUCCUGGACAGUGAGUAUGAGGCCGCAUCCGUCAUGUCAACGUUGCGCAAUGGACCACAGAUGGCGGGACGAUUAGUGCAAGUGAUGCGAGAGGCUGAGGGAGGCAAAGAAAAGGGAUCGCCAUCGUCGAUGAAUACACUUCAAAAUGCAGUGACAGGACUGGAGAACGAGUCGGAAGAGGCGCGCUAG